GUGUUCGUUGUUCUUAGCGCAUGGGCGCUGUUUUGUCAAUAUCAAAGCGAUCAUGACGCGAACACAACUACAAGUGCCAAUGGCAUUGACAAAGUGCCUAUUGCUUUUAAUUUUAUUCUGUUCCCGCACGUCUUACGCACAAUUCGCAACUGCAACCUCAUCGGCAUCCUCGGGCGAUUACGACGACUUCGGUGGCUGGCAGCAACAGCAAAAUGGUGGCGGGGUUGGCUGGCAAACUAACGGCAUAAGCGGAGCUAGACCUGGCAUGAGACCACAGCAACCAAUGCCUUGGAAUGGUGGCGGCGACGGUGGUUGGACUGAAGGUGGCGGCGGUGGAUGGAAUGGAGGUGGAGGUGGAUUCGGUGGUUGGAAUGGAGGUGGCGGCGGUGGUUGGAAUGGAGGCGGCGGUGGUUGGAAUGGAGGCGGCGGCGGCAGGGGAGGUAGUCGACGCCGAACUUCUGGUUGGGGCGGUGGUAGACGAAAUCAUCCCAGACGGGGUGGUUGGGGAGGCGGUAGACAACCGCCACCUGGCUGGGGUGCUGGAGGACCCUGGGGAGGCAGCUCAUAUCCACCAGGAUGGAACAAUAACAAUGGAUCACCACCACCCGGCUGGGGAAAUAUGAACGGACAACAACCACCAAAUGGAUGGGGAAAUGGAAACGGGCAACAACCACCGAAUAGAUGGAUUGAUGGAAACGGACAACAACCGGGAAAUGUAAACUUUCAAGGCCCACCGGAUGGAUGGGGUAUUGAACCUCAGCCCGGCGGGGACAAUAACAAUGGAUCUUUCCAACCACCCCCCAGAAAUGGCAAUGGAAAUUCUAAUUCUACUGCUCCACCGCCACCCACACAACCCACCGAAAAUACGCUGGUUGUUGGUAAAAAUCGACCACCUCUGAUCAUUUCACCCACUCCGCCGCCUAAGCCCGACAAUACAAACCUUCCACUAGUUGAACCUACGACUCCCAAUCCCCCACAAAUCGAUGUGCGCAUACUUUGAUCGAUUAGAUAACUAAACAUUAUGUCUGUUGUAUAUACUAUAGGUAACUUUAAUAAAUAACAUAAAUAUUUA